AUGAACCCUUAUUUCGAUUCAUUUGUUCGGUGGCAGAUGAGGAAAUUGAAAUCAAUGGGUAAGAUUGUUCAGGACUUGAGAUAUACCGUAUAUUCACCUUUGGAUGGGCAGCCUUGUGCUGAUCAUGACCGGUCUUCAGGGGAAGGUGUUAUUCCACAGGAGUAUACACUCAUAAAGAUGGAGGUCGUCUCACCUUUUCCACCAAAGAUGAGUGUUUUGGAGGGCAAGAAGGUAUAUCUUGCUGCUGCUACAUUGAGACCAGAGACCAUGUAUGGGCAAACAAAAUGUUGGGCUGUGCCAGAUGGGAAAUAUGGGUCUUUUGAAAUUACACUUUUUAACAUAUGA